AUGGCGCCACAAGCUGUCACCACACGACAGUCUGUAUCCUCAGGGCUUCGAACAUUGUCCCUAGCUUCCGGAUCAGCGCUGCCUUCCAGUCUGGCCACCGCCGUCAGUGUUGAGCCGCAGCACGGCUUGACCCCUCUCGCAAGAACACUGUUCAUUCUGUUCGGUGUACUGGGCUUCGUCACGAUCCUCCUCGCCAUCGGUGUAACCCUGAUAAUGCGAUCGAACAGAAGGCGCGCACAAGCAGCCCGAAAACAAGCCGCUGGAAGCCCCAUCAAAGACAUCGAAGAAUGCGAUGGCUACGGAAACAUAACCCGCGUAUCCGCCAACAGCUCAAUCAAAAAUUUCCUAACCGAGCCCGAAAAAGCCAUCGUAAACCGCGCCGCUACGCCAGACGGAGAACCAGACGUAAGCACCCUUCACCCCCAAACCCAAUACAACGACGCUAACGGUAUUCUUCAGGCAAGCACAAGACCCACCAACGCCCUCACCGAAGCCAUCAACUCCUUCAUAACCAAAUCGCGUCGCCUGACGUACAAAAUAUCGCCCUGA